GAAAACUUCAGAAUAAAAUAUAUAAAUACCUUUAGUUUUGCAGGAUUUCAAAUGAAAUCAAUACAUCUCAAUUUCUUUGCGAAUAAUGGGUCAAUUUUCGCGCCAAUAAGUGUUUGAAAGCAAGCAGUUCACAAAAAAGCCUUGAACAGAGGAGUAGUUUGGGUGAAUAAAACUUUGAGCAUCACAACUUCCUGAAUGAUAUCUAAUGCACAUUGAAACUUUUUUCAGUUCCAACAAUUCAUUGGGAAGGGGAUCAAGAAUAAACUUCGAAUACUGGGGCACCGAAUAAGAAGUACAUUAACUACUUCAAAACCCAAUUGCGAUCGUAGCAGACGCGACACAUUGCAGUACAAAAUUCCGCUUGCUUUGUAAAAUCAGUUGAUGUUUCAAAUCUUUCCAGUUCUUUUAAAACUUCAGCAAAUGUUUUUCUACGUUUAAGCUCAGUGCCACAUCUAGUUCUGAAAACGCCUUUAGAUCACAUUACUUCUUAUUUUCGAAUCAUCCUUAUGUAGGAACAAACUUUGCUCUGAUACUUAUACCCACAAACAGGGUACUUAUAUUAAUUUUCAGUGCAAAAUUAUUUCAAUAUAAAAAUAUUAAGAUGAAUCACAAUCUCCAACACCCAUUGUACCUACUUUAUUUAAAUUAUUGUAAUUUCCCUGUUUGUUAAGAUGAAUUGUGUUUACAAGUUCGGAAACUUUUUUCUUUUCAAUGAUUGUACUCCAACUGGAGUCACUUUUGCCAGGUGUAGCCUUCCACUAGUUUCUUCAUAUUAUGAUUAUAGAAGGGUUCUGUUCAAUUUGUUAACAUAACAAUGGAUGGACUCAUUCGCUUUCUCCAAUCAGUGUGAUUCAAUAAUUGGAGAAUGAAUGAAUGAUUCCUCAAGCUCGAAAUCGUAGAUAGCUCUGAUUAAGAAUGGAAGUUCUGUCCCAAAUUCCUAGUCAUUGAUCAGCCUUCAUUUCUUGCAGUAUAUAGUUCAUUUUUAGUUUCUUUUGUUUCAGACAAAAUCAGGGAAUUGAUCAGGACACUCAACGCUGAAAAGAAAAUUGUCAGCCGAAAUAUGUGUGCAGUCAGAGGAUGCAGAAAAAGCAGAUCUACUCAUCCAGACCUACAUUUCUAUCGUUUCCCUGUCAAUAGACCUUCCAUAUGCGAAUUAUGGGUCAAAUUCUGCGCCAAUGAGAGUUUGGAUGCAUCAGUUUCCAAAAAAACCGUGAAUUAUAGAGUAGUUUGUGAAGAACAUUUUGAGCAUGACGACUUCCUGAAUCCUCUGAGACUCAGAUUGAAGCCCUAUGCCGUUCCAGCAAUUCAUUCAGAAGCGGUAAAAAAAGAAACUUCUUCCAAUAUCGACCCGGAAAUUGAAGUGCAUAAACUACUCCAACCCCCAAUUGCAGGCGAGACUCAACCCCUGCUGACCAAAGAUCCGCUUGCUUUGGAUUAGUUUUACAGUUUUGGGAGGAAAUAAUUGGCAUUUGGAUUUGAGUAGCAGAAAUUUUAUAGUAUAUUGUUGAAUGUAUCCGCAUAAUGAUUUGAUCUAUUAAAUGUUCAAACUUAA